AUGGGGAAGUUAACUGUUCAAGAUCUCGCACAGCACCGUAACAGUAGUAGGGGGAGUGAGAGUUUGGAGUUUCAGCUGCUCCCCUCUCCCCGGACUGUAGUAUCAUAG